GCGGGUCCGCAGGCUCGCCGGGUGGGCUCAGCUCCGCGCACGCAGGAGCGGGGCGCAGGGGGGCGGGGAAGGGACCCGUCGCAGCCGCCGCCCGCAAGCCGCUCCCAGGGCUCUCGCUGUCCCUCCCCAGCCGCCCGCCCGCUCCAUGUCGCCCGGUUGCGGAAGUGUCGCCGGGAGAGGUGGCGGCGGCGGCGUCAGGGAGCACGGGAGGCCGGGGCUCGGCCCCCUGCAGCACUGAGCUCCCGGAGCCGCGCGUCCCAGCGUCCCCACCGCCCGUGCGCCCCGCGCCCGCCGCAGCCUGCAUGCCCCGCGCUGCGCCUCGGCCGCCCGCCGCCUCCUGCUCGCUCAGCGGCUGCCCGGCGCCGGAGUAAUAUGCUCACUCGGGUGAAAUCUGCCGUGGCCAAUUUCAUGGGCGGCAUCAUGGCUGGCAGCUCCGGCUCCGAGCACGGCGGCAGCGGCUGCGGAGGCUCGGACCUGCCCCUGCGCUUCCCGUACGGGCGGCCGGAGUUCCUCGGGCUGUCUCAGGAUGAGGUGGAGUGCAGCGCAGACCACAUCGCCCGGCCCAUCCUCAUCCUCAAGGAGACACGGCGGCUGCCCUGGGCCACCGGCUACGCAGAGGUUAUUAAUGCCGGGAAGAGCACGCACAAUGAAGACCAAGCCAGCUGCGAGGUGCUCACGGUGAAGAAGAAAGCCGGGACCAUCACUUCCACCCCGAACAGGAACUCCAAGAGAAGGUCUUCCCUUCCCAACGGGGAAGGCCUGCAGUUAAAGGAGAACUCCGAGUCCGAGGGCAUCUCCUGCCACUACUGGUCCCUGUUCGACGGGCACGCAGGCUCGGGGGCUGCCGUGGUGGCGUCGCGCCUGCUGCAGCACCACAUCACACAGCAGCUGCAGGACAUCGUGGAGAUCCUGAAGAACUCCGCCAUCCUUCCCCCGACCUGCCUAGGGGAGGAAGCAGACAGCACGCCCGCCCACGGCAGGACCCUAACCCGCGCAGCCUCACUGCGCGGAGGUGUGGGUGCCCCCGGCUCCCCCAGCACACCACCCACGCGCUUCUUCACGGAGAAGAAGAUUCCGCAUGAGUGUUUGGUCAUCGGGGCCCUGGAGAGCGCCUUCAAGGAAAUGGACCUUCAGAUCGAACGAGAGAGGAGCGCAUAUAACAUAUCUGGCGGCUGCACAGCCCUCAUCGUGGUUUGCCUUCUGGGGAAGCUCUAUGUGGCAAAUGCUGGCGACAGCAGGGCCAUAAUCAUCAGAAAUGGAGAAAUCAUCCCCAUGUCUUCCGAAUUCACCCCUGAGACUGAGCGCCAGAGACUUCAGUACCUGGCGUUCAUGCAGCCUCACUUGCUGGGAAAUGAGUUCACACAUUUGGAGUUUCCAAGGAGAGUACAGAGGAAAGAACUCGGGAAGAGGAUGCUGUACCGGGACUUUAAUAUGACAGGCUGGGCAUACAAAACCAUUGAGGAUGAUGACUUGAAGUUUCCCCUUAUAUAUGGAGAAGGCAAGAAGGCCCGGGUAAUGGCAACUAUUGGAGUGACGAGGGGACUUGGGGACCAUGACCUGAAGGUUCAUGACUCCAACAUCUACAUAAAACCAUUCCUGUCUUCAGCUCCAGAGGUCAGAGUCUACGAUCUCUCCAGAUAUGAGCAUGAAGCAGAUGACGUGCUGAUCCUGGCUACUGACGGACUCUGGGAUGUCUUAUCAAAUGAAGAAGUAGCAGAAGCAAUCACUCAGUUCCUUCCUAACUGUGAUCCAGAUGACCCUCACAGGUACACACUGGCAGCUCAGGACCUGGUGAUGCGCGCCAGAGGCGUCCUGAAGGACCGAGGGUGGCGGAUAUCGAACGACCGACUGGGCUCAGGAGAUGACAUUUCUGUAUACGUCAUUCCUUUAAUACACGGAAACAAACUGUCAUGAAAGUGACCCAGGGGACUAGGAGGACAGAAGGGAAGAAAACGGGUGCCACUGAGCAGGGCGGGACUGGGGAGUGCCUGGGCUGGAUUCCAGGUGAUGCAAACUUUUUCCCAGCCCAGAUGGGGCGUUUGCUGCCACAAGGCCUUGCUUCAAGGCGACCCUUAGGUUUCCAUUUCUUCUUUGGUAACAGGUCUGGACACUGAAUAAGAGCAAGAUACAAAGCCUGCUACUGAGUGUUAUCUUUCUCUUGGUUUCUAUUAUAGGGGCUCCUGAGCGGUGAUUUGCCUAUUUGGGGCACAGACAUUCGUUUAUUUAUUUUAUCUAGAAUAGCAGGGACAGCCAUUUCAGGUGUAGCUGGUGAAAGGCUCCUCAGCCUGUCAAGCUGCCAGCAUCUCUCCAGGAGAAGGGCCACACUGAAACCUUGAGGACCAUGGCUCAGAAUGUCUGAGCAGCCAUCUUAUUGUGCAUUCCAGUUAUUUCAGGGAUCCUGCCUGUCCUGUCUCACUCCUCCCUCGUCUUUCCUGCCCCUCGCCGUUUCGCUAUAUUCUUUUGUAGUAAUGGUGGUGUGAGGCAGAAAUUUUUUUUUUUUGGACACUCCUCCAAUCUUUCCCAUUUCCCUCCACUGGGACUUUGCAAGUGAUUGCUGGACAGUUUCCAGAUCAGAGGCUAGCCCAAUCUGGCUAGUUCCAUAUUCUGUGCCCCACAUACCCAUAUAGUUUUGACCAGAGCAAUGUCCGUCCCAGGUGACAGUUUGUCUUUGUUGUGUAACAUUUACCCCCCGCCCCCACCCCAAGUUGUGUCUUCUCCCCAAAUAGAUAUAUUUGCUUCCAAAUGUGGGUGUUUCAUUGAACCAAUGAUUCCUGUGUUAUCUCUAAGGUCCCUCUGUGCGUCUGGAGGUUUUGCUUCAAGAGGCUGGGUUUUCGUUUCUGGAAUGUGUGGUACUCCCCCCCCGCCCCUUCUGUGUCCUGGAGACACAAAAGAAGCAACAUCCAGUGCCACAACUUAGCGUGUUCUUGGAUCCAUCAGCUAACCGUGCUUCUAAAGGGAAGAGUGUGGGAUUCAGGCUCCUUGGUCUCUCGAGUGUUCCCCAGGCCACGCCACAGGAGGUUUGAGUGUCCGCAGUCAGCUAAGCGGUUGCUACUCUCUACCUGUCACCUUUGUGCAGGGGCAGCUGGGAUGACGCUUGAAUUAAAGUGAAUUUGAAUUACAGUUGGUCAUUGUGAUGCCCCGCCCCCGCCCUCCCACCCUACCCCCCCUUCCUCUGGGGAAUCACAACAUGGAAAUCUAAGAGCUGAGACCACUCUACGAUGCACCCACUGGUGCGCACGCCUCAACGGCACACGUAGUAUUUGCCUCCUGCUGCCUUGCUGGAAAGAACAGCAAAGUCCAGUUUAAAAAUCACCUGUCUCUUGGGCACACUGCCUUCAGAGUCGCAUCCAGUCGCUUAGUCCAGUUCCUGUCGUCUUCCAGGAUACCGGCUUUCUGACCAUUUGGUAUAAUUCAGACAUUCCCAACCCAAUGGUGUCAUUUCCCUAAAAUGCUCCAGAGGCAAUUCCAGCUCUUGGGUUUAUGAGCAUUCCUUCGAGAAUCCCUUCCCAGGAGAGAAGGGUGGGGUGUUUCCUCUAGGCUGCUAAGCCAUCCACAUUCCUCGAAUUGUAGAUAUUUUCUUAGGAAUGGCCUGGUGCCUUCCUACUCAGGAACAAAGUCGCCCCACUGUGUAGAGCCAGGGCCCAGCAUGGCAGGUGACAUCCUGCGAGUGUGUGCCAACUCGCUGCCUGAGGACAGGGCUGUGGCUGUGGCUGGAGCAUCACCAUCUGACUGGCCAUGUACUCCUCUCCUUCAGGAAGCCUUCACCACCCCAGACACCUCCGUGGGGAGUGUUCUGUGGCAUCCUUUCGCUUCCUUGGCAGAAUAUGAUGCUGUAGAAAGCUGUUCAGGCGCGCUAAGGCCGCGUGGUUCUCUUCCGACUGUGCCCAGGUCUCAAAGUCACGCACAAAUGGGAAACUUGAGAAAGUCUUGAAGCCGAUAGAGGUUCUGAGCCGCCUUCCUUGGGGAGCAUUUCCAAGUUCCCAAUGCCUUUCAUGUUUUUGCUUUUCUGAUCUCCCUGAGUCUCACCUUGACCUUCUUCAGUCACAUUUAAGCCACCAGAGUCAGAAUCGGAGUGUGAGGAUCCUAUAGGUGUCAUGACGACAUUCUCCCAAUUCUACCGCCAAGCCACACAUAUCAGCAGAACCAAACCCAAACCUGAAAAACCCAAAUUCAGAUUACCCUAAAACCUGGAGCCCUGCUGGUUUUAGCUGGAAAGGUAUCCAGGAGUUCUCUUCAUGAGACACUGGGUGGAAAGAUCUUAGUCGCAGGCUAAAAAGCCCUAUUUGUGUUUGGGGUGGGGGUGGGGGGGUGAAGACUACAAAUGAAGCAAAUAAAUCAGAAGUGGAAAACUGAUUCGCUACUGCCCAUGGCCGAUCUGCACAACACUGAUACUGCUCUGUGCUUUGGGCUUAACUCUGUGUGGGCCUUAUUUUUCCCCCAGACUCCAAGUCACCCCGUCCCAGAACAGGAUGAGGUCUAUGUAUCAGGUUGGCCCUUGGAGAAUUCCUGGGAAGGCCAAAGGACAACACACUCAGAAUUCUGCAACACAUAUUUCAGUGUGUGUUUAGACUGACUUCCAGCCGGACCCGCUUGCUCUAAGAGCCUCAGAGGAAGCCUUGCAUAAUGAAUUUGAUUUCCUAGUCAAGUCUUUAUGGGCGGCUUGGGGGCUGUGUGGCUACUUCCUCUAAUGAAAGGCCCCCUCAACCCUAAAUCUCUUCGCUCAGCCAGCAGCGUCUGCACUUCUGACUCCUGGCACUUUCCUGAAGAGUGUGAACCCUGAAGCAUCUUCUUAAGAGACAACUAAAGCUUUGUUCCCCUAACACCAACAACAGUCAGCAGGCAAAGGUGUGGGAGGGGCCUGCUGGGGUUGUGUAGUGACUGUGGGCCCAGUGACUGUCCUUUGUGGCUGGGAAGGAAGGUGACCGUUUGGCUGAGCUCCUGUCUGACUGGGACAAGUCAGAGAAGUCGUUGUUUCAGCUAUUUUUCACAGUAUUCGAUUUGGGUGGAUUUGGGAUGUUGAGAUUUUUAAAUUCUUAGCAUCUUACCUCCCUGGGGCCACUAAAGCCAGCAGUGUGUUCCCACCACUCUCCCCUGAAAGUCACUUUCUUGAGGGAACUCAUGUCCCUAGAUGGAUAUUGAUGAACAAGGCUUAGAGCCUCAGGAGCAAAAUUUCACUCCAGACCUUGGCCAUUUGGGUAGAGAGUUCAGUACUCCCCCUGGGGUGGGGGUGGGGGGGGACUUAGUUUGGAAUCUCUUUGGGAAAGCAUCUCUUUUGUUCUCAGCUCCUCCCCCACCCCACCCCGCCCCCUCCUUUCUCAUCUGGUCUGCUGUACUGGGAGCAAGCAGGGGAUGCUGUUGUAUGUACUCGAAGGUGUCGCUUUUCUUUCCUUAAGUGAGCCAGGAUCUCUGAUUUUUUUUUUCAGAGUACUUUAUGCUGUGAAGAGAUUCUAAUUUCAGUGAGUUGGUGCUUCCAGGACAGCUAGAGAAAGCAAUGAAAUUGUCUAUGCAAUGAACAAAACAGCCUGACCCUACCAGAUCUAAUGGAGUUGUAGGGCGGUCUUCAAGCCACAGGACAGGGAUUUCGUGUCGGGAACUCAUAAACGUGAGGGCUCGUGAACAUAGAGAAGUGUUACAGCCUGCAGACCACAGCCCACCUCUCUGAGCAAACUUCGGGUGCUAUGUGGCAAUGUGGUGGUGUGUGUGUGUGUGUUUGUGUGUGUGUGUGUGUGUGUGUGUGUGUGUGUGUGUGUAUGCGUGCGCGCGUACACGUAUGCAUGAGCACUGGACCUUUCCGAGGAUACUACACGAGCAAGUUGACUUUCUCUGUGAGCCUCAUGGCCCCUGUCAGAUGUGGAUGCUAUCUGAGGGAGCACUGCUCUUUCUAGUUCACAAUGUUAUCUGUGUAAAUAGCUUUAAUAUUUCUUUUCAGUGUCUUAGGUGAAGUCUUGUUUAUGCAGCAUCCGGGGACGAGGUGACCAAAUAAGGCUGUAAACCUAGUGUUGUGUUCAGCUGCUGUGAGCUGAAGAUGGAGAACCCGGGUCCUCCAGUCCCCGCUCUCUCAUUAGAUGAGUAUCUUGUGUGUGUUUAGGGGUCGUACCGUCACUUCUCCAUUCCUGAUUUGCCUCUGAUUUUCUUUGUUCCUUUGGAAGUCCGGGGAGGCCCCUAGUGGGGAUCAUUUGUAAGAAAAUGUAUAUGGUGAUCUCGGUUUCCAAAAAUUACUCUGCAUACAGUGAAUUGAGAAGAAUCUGCCUGGAAAUUUGUUUCCGGACCAUGUACUUUUCUGCCUCGUGAUUGUGAAACAUUGACUUUUGUAAACCCCAAAUGAGAACCUGUUUAGCGAAGGGGAUAUAUUUUGUGUGUGUUGAAAUUUAGGUGCAAUGUCCCCUGGAAAAAAAACUCAAGAACUGUAUAUGCUCAAUGACAUUUUAAAUAAAAUACUAUAUAUGUAUAUAUAAAUAUGUA